AUGGCGGAAUUGGCGCAACUGUUCAAAACCGAUGAAUCCUUCAUGAACAAGGAAUUCAACCCACCGACGAAUGGAUUUAAUAUGGUGCUUGAUGACGGUGGCUGUCGACCAAACGUCGCCGCAGCAAAAACAACCUGUACCCUCAGUUUUAGACCAAUGCCAAAUGACCGUAGCGACGAUGUAAUUACAAUGAUAACGGAAACCGCCGAGAAGUACGGUCUUGAAGCGACUUCGCAUAAAAGCACGCCGUUCUAUGUCUCGCCCGAUGCUGAGAUUGUCCAAGCAGGGAUGAAAGCCACAGGCGCAGCCAAGCCGGGAACAGUGCCAUUCGGUACAGAUGCACACGCUUUCAAGCAUCAUUUACAACUUGUUAUUCUCGGUCCCGGCGAUAUCGUCCAAGCACAUACCGUCGGAGAGUGGAUCGACAUCGCACAGCUUUCAGAAGCUGUCGAACCUGCAUCCCCCGAUCGGGGAGACUUUAACGCCUUUCUCAAAUCCCCCACCGGCAUCAUUGGAAAAGACGAUACGGUUCAACUCCCCGAGACAGAUGCGACCGUUUUCCACUUCGAGCCUGAGCUCAGUGUAGUCAUCGGCAAAACAGCGAGCCACCUCUCGCAAGCAGAAGCGAUGGAUCAUGUCUUCGGCUAUACCCAAUUUAUUGAUGUGUCUGCCCGCGGUCUUCCCGGCGGUUUCUUCCUCGGAAAAAGCUGGCAUACCUUCGCUCCGAUGGGCCCCGCGCUAGUCACCGCUGACGAGGUCUCCGAUCCAAACGACCUCGGAAUUAAGCUCUGGGUCAAUGACGAGCUUCGGCACGACUUCUCCUCUGACUCUAUGGCACGUUUCAUACCAGAGGUGUUAGAAGAGGUUACCAAGGUUAUAACGCUUGAACCCGGCAACGUCGUAAACACGGGCACCCAUCACUACGCCUUAGCGCCGAUUCAGGACGGAGAUAAUCUGCAUUUAGAGAUCGAGGGCUUUGGUCCUUCGCUGACAAUUAGUGUGCAUGAUCCACUGAAGCGGACAUCUUGGCAAGCGCAUUAA